UCUAUUGUUUCUACAGCGUUUUGUCUGGUUUCAGUUUUAUUAUGGAUGAAUAUGAAUAUUUUUUUCGUUCUAUUACUUUUCUUUUUUAGUUACAUUUGUUACGUGUCAAGAGGACAAAUACGUAAGGGAGAAUAGAGUGAAGGUACUGGAGACAGAGAUGACCCGGCUGGACAAUAAUAAAAAGGUAACCAAGGAGCCGAAACUUCGGAGUCCUUUGGACGUCGUCUUUGAGAAGAUUAAGCAGACUUGGAUAUGUCCUCCAGAACGUUUGACUGGAAAAAUCCUAAAUGAUCUAUUAACGUCGGAUAAUGCAUCAUCCAGUCAUUCAUCUCAGGAGUAUUUGGAUGAAUUGGUCAAAGAUAAAAUACACGACUGUGCGGAUCUGGAAGGAUCUGCCGUUGUCUCAGAAUACGGUAUAAAAGAAAAUGGAUUUUCAAAGGAGACAAAAAAAUUGCAAAACUUCAAUUCCUUGAAAAUGCCAAAACUAGAAAAUCCAUGGGCGCAUAGGAUGCCUGUUAAAAAAACACCAGGAAGUUUAUAUGGAAAUGAAAAAGUCUCACAGAGAAGAAGAGAAAGAGAGAAGCGGAAGGAACGAAAGCUGGGGAAUUGAAGAUGCACAAUGCUAAAAGCAAAUCAAAGAGUGCUGGCACUUGGAAACGAAAAGACCCCUCCGACCUGAGAUCUGAUGCCGAAUUACGUACUUAUGAAACGACCAGUCGAUUCGGUUGACUAUUUAGGCUUUUGGCUUUGGAAUUGCUGAAAAUAGUUUGGAGCACGCUAAAAAACGCCGAUAUGUGAGAAGAAUUUUUAAAAAAUUUACAAAAACGAAAAAAUAUUUAUGUCCAAUGAAACAAUAA